ACGGUUCGGUGCCGGCAUUCACUGCCGCGACAGGCCUGAGGUGCUUGCUCAGUGUUGUGGCUGUAAAAACCAGCUUGGUUGUGCGGAGAGGGUUUGAUCUUUGAUGCAUUACUACCACAUCUCUAGUUUAUAUAUACCAGGUCGGCGUGUAUGUGAUGAAUAUGUGGUUCCAUACCAACAUACUCACAUCACAUGCAGUAAGGGGCAUGUGAGGGCCAUAGCCCACUGUUGCGCGGCCAGUUCUGCUUGAGCACCACACACCUCACUUGGUGAAUAGUGAGCAUAGCAAGGAGCGAGCUCCCGGCAGGCGCAGCCAUGGCUUCCACGGCGGUGGGUAGGAGCGGAGAUGGAGAGCAGAGGAAGAAGAAGAAGGGGGGCUUCAGGACCAUGCCAUUCAUACUUGGGAACGACAUCUGCGACCGUUUCGCCACGGCCGGCUUCGGCGCCAACAUGAUCACGUACCUGACGCAGCAGCUGCACCUGCCGCUGGUGGACGCGUCCAACCUGCUCACCAACUUCGGCGGCACGUCCAGCCUCACGCCCAUCCUCGGCGCGCUCGCCGCCGACUCCUUCGCCGGCCGCUUCUGGACCAUCAUCGCCGGCUCCGUCUUCUACCAGCUCGGCAUGCUAGGCCUCGUCGUGUCCGCGCUCCUCCCUUCGCUGCGCCCCGCGCCGUGCUCCUCCCCCGCUCCCGGCGCCAACGCGCCGUGCCGCCGCGCCUCCGGGUGGCAGCUCGGCGUGCUGUACCUCUCCCUGCUGUGCACGUCCAUCGGCUCCGGCGGGCUCCGGCCCAGCGUCGUGGCAUUCGGCACCGACCAGUUCGACCAUGAGCCUGAGGUCCAAGAGCAGCAGCACAAGCAGGGCAGCAGCGCCGAGGCCGCCAGGGCAGUGGCGGAGCGGAAGCGGCGCUACUUCAACCUCUACUUCUUCACCAUGGGGAUCGCUGCGCUGCUGGCGGUCACGGUGGUGGUGUACAUCCAGGACAACGUGGGGUGGGGGUGGGGGUUCGGGAUCCCGGCCGUCGCAAUGUUCGUCUCCAUCGUAGUGUUCGUGGUCGGGUACCCGCUGUACGUCCGGCUCAAGCCCGGGGGCAGCCCGUUCACGCGGCUCGCGCAGGUCGCCGCCGCCGCGUUCAAGAAGCGCAAGAUCGCCAUGCCGGAGGACGCCGGCAUACUGUACCAGGAUAAGGAGCUCGACGCGCUCAUCUCCACCAACGGCAGGCUACUGCAUACCAACCAGCUCACGUUCUUGGACCGGGCAGCAAUAGUGACGCCGGGCGACAUCUCCGACUCCGGGGAGCCGGACCUAUGGCGUCUGUCGACGGUGCACCGCGUGGAGGAGCUCAAGUCCAUCAUCCGCUUGCUGCCCAUCUGGUCUGCCGGCAUCAUGCUCGCCACCGCCGGCUCGCACAACGGCUCCUUCACCAUCAUGCAGGCGCGCACCAUGGACCGCCACGUCACCCGGCGCUUCGAGAUCCCGCCGGCGAGCAUGUCCAUCUUCGGGACCACGGCCAUGCUCGUCAGCCUGGCGCUCUACGACCGCGCGUUCGUGCCCCUGGCGCGCCGCGUCACGGGCCUGUCGUCCGGGAUCACCUACUUCCAGCGCAUGGGCAUCGGGCUGGCCAUCUCCAUCCUCGGCGUCGGCGCGGCCGCGCUCGUCGAGACCAAGCGCCGCGGCGUCGCGGCCGACCAUGGGUUCCUGGACGACCCGGCCGCCGUCAUCCCGCUCAGCGUGUUCUGGCUGGUGCCGCAGUUCGCCAUACACGGCGUCGCCGGCGCCUUCUCGUCGGUGGGGCACAUGGAGUUUUUGUACGACCAAGCGCCCGAGAGCAUGCGCAGCACGGCCGCCGCGCUCUUCUGGCUCGCCAGCUCCAUCGGCCACUACCUUGGCACGGUGCUCGUCACGGCGGUGCAGCGCGCCACGCGGAGCCGAGGCGAUUGGCUUCAGGACAACAUCAACCGGGGCAGGAUCGAUAGCUACUAUUGGCUCGUCACCUGCCUCAUGGUGCUUAACCUUGGCUACUACAUCAUCUGCUUCCGUUUCUACACCAUGAAGCCAUUGGAGAUGGCAGACGAACAGGAUGACCAUGACAAGGAGUGUGAGCUCUCCUCUCUCCACAAAAAUGGUGCUGGUGCCGGAGGUUUGGUGUAACUUGAUUUGCUGUCAAUUAACUAGGGUGGACAUAUAGCUGUUCAUAUUGAUCAGACAGUUGCUUGUCUAAAGCCUAAAGGAUUAUACAAGUUCUAAAGGAAAUGGUAUUCAUGAUCAAUCAUCUCAGUUAAGGCUUCUCCAGUGGCCGGUGCAUGGACCUAGGUGGCAUGCUCAAAGCGACUCAUCAUUACUGGAGAAGUCCGAUUCAUCGGAGGAGAGAGAAGAUCCGAUCCAUAUUUAUGUAUCGACUCAAUAGAGAUUAAAAAAACGGCAGCGGAGGAAGACGGAGGAAGGGAGGCGGUGGACGAAUGCCAGGCCGUAGGGAAGAGUUGUGCCUUUUUUUUUUUUAUCCUUUUCGUGGGAUCCACACAACUUUCGGUGCAUGAAUCGACUCAACCAUUUUACUUGCGUGUCUCUGUCUCCCUCCUCGACGAAUCGGAUCACUACUAUGGAUGCCCUUAUUGAUCGUCGGCGAAAAGCAGCCAUGUUAAUCAAGUAAUUAUGUGGCCAAGUGUAAUGAGACAUUCAAACAUCAACAGUGUGGAUCAUCCCGACACGCAGACGUGCAGAGCUAAUUUGUUUAGUUCUUUUAUGAACUUGAGUUUAGGUGACUACUGACUAGUGUCCCUCUGACAUCUGCGUCUGUGACCUCGUUGACAUGCUAGUAUGCUACUAUCUUUACAGUACACAACUCAAGCACUUGAUGCUGUGUGAAUUUGUCUCA